AUGGUGAACUCAACUUGGAUCAAGGGCCAGACUGUACUGAUCACCACCUUCACAACCAAAUGCAUGUACUGGGACACCAAACAGCUGGCAUGGAGUACAGCUGGCUGCUGGGUUGGGAUAGAGUCAACACCAGGGUUGACCUAUUGUCGCUGUAGCCACCUGACAAUGUUUGGGAGCUCCUUCUUUGUGAUGCCCAACCGCGUGGACGUGUCCCUCACAGCUCAGUACUUUGCCACAGUGAAGCAGAACUACGUGGUGGUGGUACUGCUAUCCAUCUUCUUCAGCCUGUACCUGAUCACUCUACUCUGGGCGUGCUAUGCAGACAGGAGGGCCUUCGCCAGGAGAAAUGUGACUUUGCUGAAGGACAACCACCCGUGUGCCAGUUAUAACUACCUUCUGAAUAUCCAGACUGGCAAUAGGAAAGGGGCGAGUACCACUGCUAAUGUAACAGUCCAGUUGAUUGGCACAGAGGUCGAGAGUGAGCCCCACCUCUUAAAUGACCCUGAUAAACCUGUAUUUGAAAGAGGGGGUGUGGACAUGUUCUUGUUGACCACACCCUUCCCCCUAGGGGACCUGACAGGCAUCCGGCUGUGCCUUGACAACUCUGGGGGCCAGCCCUCCUGGUAUCUCAACAAGGUGACAAUACAGGACCUUCAGACACAUAAGGUUUGGCACUUCCUGUCUUCAUCAUGGCUCAGUUCUGACAGAGGGGAGGGGCUAACCAGGAAGACCCUCAACGCUGCCAAGAACAACGAGAUCCGAAGCUUCAGGAAUAUCUUCCAGAGCAGGACUUCCACAGGCUUCAGAGAUGAGCACAUCUGGGUGUCCAUAGUGGACCCUCCCUGGCGAAGCCCCUUCACCCGGGCACAGAGGGUAUCCUGCUGCAUGAGCCUCCUACUCUGCACCAUGGCCAUCAACAUUGCUUUCUGGAACAUUCCCAAAGACACCCAGUCUCCAGUCAUCUUCACCAUUGCUUCACUGAAGGUCACUUGGGACGAGAUCAUGGUGGGGGUGGAGAGUGGAUUGCUCAUGUUCCCCAUCAAUAUCCUGAUCAUCACCAUUUUUCGCAGCAUAAAGCCAAACAUCACCCAACCAAAGGAGAAGAGCCAUGAUAUACAGGACCUGAAACCCCACACUGUUACCAUGCCAACAAUUCUUAAGGACACAGAGGAGAUGUUGAAUUUGCUCUGCAAAAGCCAGAGGAACAAAAUACCUGAGAUGAGGAAGAGGCUAGAAACAUGUGAUGACCUUUACUCAGCCUUCAACAGAGUGCACAGGGUUAUUCAGCUCAUGCAAGGGCUGAGCGAGAGUGACCCCCACUGGGUUUACUGCAGCCAUUUUGUCCUGAACUGCCUUCAACAUCUGUCCACGUGCCUGGAACAGCUGGACAGUAGUGCCUUCCCUACCCCAGAAGCCUCACAAAACAUAUUAAACACUGUCCAUCUGCUGCUGAAGACGUCAGAGAUGGUCUUCACCAGCCACAUCGCUUACAGGUUGCAAAACCUACUUCACAGAUGA